AUGACGACCACUCAUACCGAAAAGGUCGAGCACCUCUCGCGCGUCGACACCGUCGUCAUUGGCGAUGGACGCAAACGAUCCGUCGACGAAGCCUUCGAAUAUCUCCGCAACCAUGCCGACAACAGCGGAGCAGAAGCGAUCAAUCUUCGUCAACUCCGACGCAAAAUUGACUAUCGCAUCAUCCCUCUCCAAUUCUUCAUCUGCGGCCUCCAAUUCCUCGACAAAUUCCUCCUCAACUACGCCAUCAUCAUGGGUCUCCCCGAAGAUUUAAAACUGCAAGGCAAUCAACUCAACAAUAUCGCCUCGUCGCUCUGGUGGGCAUAUCUCAUCACCACACCCUUUAUCGGAUUAUUAUUGAAUAAACUCCCCCUGGGCAAAUUUUUGGGAGGGAAUAUGUUUUUGUGGGGAAUUGUUAUUGCUUGUACGGCUGCCGUGAAGAAUUAUCCUCAAUUGAUUGCUGUGAGGAUUUUGAUGGGCAUUACGGAUGCGGGUAUGCCGCCGAGUUUGAUGCUCAUGAGUAGUCAGUAUUAUCGCAAAGAUGAACAGGCGAUGCGAUUUGCGAUUUGGUUUUCUUCGGUCGGAUGUGCGAUGAUUGCGGGAGGGUUGAUUUCGUUUGGAUUUCAAUUUGUGGAUUCGGAUGUUAUGGCUUCAUGGAGAAUCAUGUACCUCGUCCUCGGUCUCCUCAGCUGGAUAGUCGGCGUGCUCUCCUUCUGGAAACUCCCGGACUCACCCAUGACAGCGACCUUCCUCAACGACGCGGAAAAAGUCGCAUUAAUCCACCACGUCUCCGUCAACCAAACCGGAAUCACAUCCAAAAAAUUCCAACCCAACCAACUCCGCGACCUCUUCCUCGACCCACAAGUCUAUCUAAUUUUCUUCCUCACCCUCCUCGUCUCGACGGGAUCAGGAAUUCUCACCGUCUACGCCACAACCAUCAUCAAAGGCUUCGGUUUCACAUCCAAAGAAGCCGCUCUCUUGCACAUGCCUUCAGGCCUAAUCGCCAUCAUCACCGCUUUUCUCGGCGCCUACGCAGUCCGCUAUCACUACCUCACACGCUGGACAAUUUCCAUCUUGGGCUACAGCGCCUCUCUCUUAGGAGCCAGUCUAGUAGCUUUCGCCCCCCAUUCCAACCGCGCAGCUCAACUCGCAGGAGUCUAUCUCGUCUAUUUCUCCCUCUUCACCGUCGGCAUUAAAUUCCAAUGGACAGCCGCAAACGUCGCCGGACACACCAAACGCACCCUCGCAACCGCCAUGAUGAGCGGAGCAUUUGCCAUCGGAAAUAUCUGUGCUCCGUAUGCGGUUCAAAGGAAAGAUGCUCCGCGGUUUCAAACGGGGAAAAAUGUUUUGAUGGCGACGAAGGCGGGUGCGAUUGGGAUUUUGUGUGUGUUGGGGACGUAUUAUGUGUGGAGUAAUCGGAGGAGAGAUGCGAAGUAUGGGAAAGUUGUUAAACCGGUUGAGGAGGGGUCGAUGACGAGUGUUGUUGGGGAGGAAGAAGGGGGGAGUUUGGGGGAUGUGGUUACGAAUACGAAUUCUAUGUCGACGACGAGGACGACGACGGGGGAGAGAGAGGAGGUUUGGGAGAAUUUGACGGAUAGGGAGAGGAAGAGUUUUAGGUAUGUUUAUUGA